CGUUAGAAGCCGAGUACCCUGUGUGUAUGCUGGCUUGCAUUUAUAGCCACCGAACCUAGAAAAUCUCCUUCAAAGACUUCCUGCCGCUACAACUCCUACUAAUUCAGACACAGUAACACUCACACAGUCGCUUUCUCAACCUUCUCACAAGCAUCACGCAUCCGAAGCUUAAAAGCUUUCCCACUUUUUCUGAAAAUGGAGGAAGGUCCACAAAUUGUGACCAAAAGUGGAGAAGUUGUUGAGGUGAUGGACGGUUCAGAUAUAAUGGAGUUAGUUGAGAACGAUAAGGUUUUUAGUAACUUCGUCGAUCACAAGUUUCGUGACCUCGAUCGCGAUUGUGACGGACAUCUCUCUGUUAAAGAACUUCAACCUGCCGUUGCAGACAUCGGCGCCGCCCUCGGUUUGCCUCCUCAAGGAACUUCCGCCGAUUCCGAUCAUAUUUACGCUGAGGUUCUUAGUGAAUUCACUCAUGGUUUAAAGAGAGACCCCAUUGUUAUUCUACGCAUAGAUGGGGAGGAUCUACUUGAAUUCAUUGAAAGCCCGAGUUUUGAACCAGAAAUGAUGUCCAUAUUUUCAGAGAUUGAUAUUCCAAAUGGGUCUCUUACUGACUACAUUAACAAGGCUUUUGAGAAACUUACUGUAGAUAAAGGGAUGCCUCCAGUUUUAGAUUCAUGGGUUACAAGUAACAUUAUAACACCCGCACUACAGUCAUGUGGUGUUUCUCAAGAGAAACCUGUUUCUCAAGACGUGUUUUUACCAGAGUUUAAGAAGGUUUCAGAGACUGUGGCUCAACGUCUCAAGGAGCAUCCUGUUAUUGUUGCUCACAGUGAGAACACUUUUGAUGGAACCGGGGUUAGGAGACUGUUAUCUAACAAGUUUGAACUCGAAAAGACUCUAGAUACGACAGUGAAGACAAUGCCAAAAGAUCAAAAUGGGAAAAUCUCCAAGGACUGUGUACGCCUGGCACUUGAUUUCUUGGCUUCUGCAGCUGGUUUGCCACCUUUGGGUGCUGUGUAUCAGAUAGAUGAGGUUAUAGCCGAAUCAUGCAAGAUGUUAGACAUGGAUGAUGGAAAGCUUGUGAAAGAAGAAGAGUUCAAAAAAAUACUGACUGAACUACUUGGAAGCAUUAUGCUGCAAUUAGAAGGAAACCCGAUCUCAGUUUCCACAAACUCAGUGGUUCAUGAACCUCUAGCUUCAGCUUCCACUCUCUUGCAACCUUUGUCUAUGUAAUGGUACAACUUACAAUGCUUUAUGUACUACUACUACUUUCAUAUGAACUUAUAGAAAUAACAAGUAAAAGUCAAUGUACAAUCAUGAAUGCCUCUGGUGCAAUCUUGUUUAGCAUUUGGUUGUACUGGGAGAGCCAUGAGUAAGGUUUAAUUAAGUGUAUGGUUUUAUGUGUAACUUGUAAUGACCCUAACAGUCAUGUAAUUCAAAAAGGGAUACGGACUUGUUCCAUGUUCAUGAUGGUGCAUCUUUUCUUAAUAAAUAUAUAGUCUCCAUAAA